AGCCCAUUCUUUCCUGAACCGCUAGCCCUUUCCAGUGCACUGUUUGGUUCUUUAUUAGACACGGAAACCACACUUCUGAGUUCUGAUGAAUGAACACUGGCACUGCUAGGUAGGAGUACUGUACAAAAACACUGCUACAUCACUUGACACUGUUUGGUUCUGAUGCUUCAAACACUACUGUAACACAUACUAGGGCCCAAGUGUAUCACAAGGUGAUUUCUUUUCGCCCGCAUUAAUUCAAGUCUGCGCGAAGCGCCUCUACAUAAGCAGCUCUCGGCUUGGCUGUGCUCCUCACACUCGAACACUUCCAAAGUUCUAGCCCCUCUCGUGAGUCCUGUCCAAAUAAUGGCCACGCGCAGCAGUGUCCUUCUGCUUCUGACGGCGCUCGCCGCAGCCACGGCCGCGCCGUCAGCGGCGACCAGGAAGCUCAUGUUCCUCGUCCAGCCACAGCCGAACCUCCUCACGUACCACAACGGCGCCGUGCUGAGCGGCGACAUCCCGGUCUCCAUCCUCUGGUACGGCCGCUUCACGCCGGCGCAGAAGGCCGUGGUCUCCGACUUCCUCCUCGCCCUCUCCGGCGCCGCGCCGCCGCAGGGCUCGCCGUCCGUUGCCCAGUGGUGGAGCAGCGUCAACCAGCUCUACCUCUCCAAGGCGGCGGCGGCGGCGGCCGUCAGCAAGAACGGCGCGCACGGCGGCGGCGGCGCCAAGAGCGCGCGGGUGGUGCUGUCCGGGCAAGCCUCCGACGAGGGCUGCUCCCUGGGGAAGAGCCUGAAGCUGUCGCAGCUUCCGGCGCUAGCGGCCAAGGCACGCCCCGCGGCCGCGAGGGGCGGCGUCGCGCUGGUGCUCACGGCGCGGGACGUGGCCGUGGAGGGCUUCUGCACGAGCCGGUGCGGGCACCACGGGUCGUACGGCGGCGGCGGCGGCGGGCGCGCGGCGUACGCGUGGGUGGGCGACGCCGCCGACCAGUGCCCGGGCCAGUGCGCGUGGCCGUUCCACCAGCCGGCGUACGGCCCGCAGGCGCCGCCGCUGGUGCCGCCCAGCGGGGACGCGGGCACGGACGGCGUGGUGAUCAACGUGGCCAGCAUGGUCGCCGGCGCGGUCACCAACCCGUUCGGCGACGGCUUCUACCAGGGCGACCGCGGCUCGCCGCUGGAGGCCGCCACGGCGUGCGCGGGCGUGUACGGCAGCGGCGCGUACCCCGGGUACGCCGGGCAGCUGCUCGUGGACCGGGCCACGGGCGCCAGCUACAACGCGCACGGUGCGCGCGGGAGGAAGUACCUGCUCCCGGCGCUGUUCGACCCCGACACGUCGGCGUGCUCCACGCUGGUGUAGUGUAGCUGUAGCCGAUCUCACAGGCUAAUAAAUGUUGGUAUAUGUAAAUACUGAACAGUACACAGUAUGUAUCAUCGUUCGUGACGUGACGUCGAUCGUGACGGGCAGGGCAGUGCUAAAUAAACGACCUGUGCUUGAAGCUGUAGUA